AUGGAUAUCCAGGAGACCCAACGCCUCCUUUCGGAGUACCUACAUGAGCUCGCAAACCUAUUCCAUCGAGUCCCUGGGUCCGCUAUUUUCUUGCGCUAUGUGAAGUCCAGCUACCAGAAUGAUCCGAUCCGCUCUGCCGUGGAGUUGUUUCUGUUUCUUUUCGCCGUACGAUAUUUGCUUGCCCCGAAAUAUUCCACGAAACCUGGUGUCGUCCAGCUCUCGGAGGAUGAAAUUGAUGAUUUGGUGGAUGAGUGGACGCCAGAGCCACUUGUGGGCAACCCUACUCCCCUAGAAGAGAUGGAAGUUGAUAAGAGGACGGUUAUUGUUGGCCCAGUUGGCCCUAAAUCGAAGCUUUCCAACGGUCGAACGGUGAUGAACCUCGGUUCCUAUAACUUCUAUAACUUCAACACGAACGAAUCCAUCAAAGAAAAGGCAAUUCAGACUCUGCGAAACUACGGUGUUGGACCCUGUGGCCCUCGCGGUUUCUACGGUACCCAGGAUGUUCAUAUGAAGACAGAGGCUGAUGUUGCGUCUUUCCUUGGCACCGCUUCGUGUAUUAUUUACGCGCAGGCCUUCUCAACCAUCUCUAGCGUGAUCCCUGCCUUUUCCAAGCGCGGAGAUAUCAUCGUUGCCGAUAAGGGUGUGAGCUUUGCUGUUCGGAAAGGCAUUCAGAUCUCUCGAAGCAUAGUCCGGUGGUAUGAGCAUAAUGAUAUGGAGGAUUUGGAGAGGGUUUUGGCCAAGAUCACCAAGGAACAAGCAAGGAAACCCCUUACCAGGCGUUUCAUCAUAACAGAGGGCUUAUUCGAGUCGUAUGGUGACCUGGUUGACCUUCCUAAGAUCAUUGAACUGAAGCUGAAGUACAAGUUCCGCUUGAUUCUUGACGAGUCAUCAUCAUUUGGUGUCCUUGGAAGGACUGGCCGUGGCGUGACUGAACACCAAAACGUCGACGCUGCAGAAGUUGAUAUGAUUGUGGGUUCGCUGGCCGGUCCAUUAGUUGCAGGAGGAGGAUUCUGUGCCGGCUCCGAGGAGAUUGUUCAUCACCAGCGUAUUUCCGCAGCUGCAUACACCUUUUCUGCAGCUCUUCCUGCUCUUUUGUCUACAACUGCCAGUGCAACGAUCAAUAUUCUCCAGAACAGCCCAGAAACAGUUUCACAAUUGCGUGACCUUACCAAGGCCAUGUGGUCUCAGCUCGAUCCCCGGAGUGAUUGGGUUUACUGCACCAGCGCUCCUGAAAACCCCGUCAUGAUCCUCGUUCUCAAGCCCGAGGUGGUUGCUGCAAAGAGACUUUCUUAUGCAGACCAACAAUUCCUCCUUCAAGAUGUCGUUGAUGAGUGCCUCACAAACGGCGUUCUAAUCACUCGCCGUAAGACCCUUGAUGAUAACUAUGAGCCCAGGCAAAUCGUUCCUCCUGGCUUGAAAGUGUGCGUAACGAUCGGCUUAACGAAAAAAGAAAUCGAAAAGGCCGGAAUUAUUAUUCGCCAUGCUAUCACGAAGGUUCUUAGCAGAAAGAAGUAA